AGUAGCUCAGCAGGAGAAGUUAAAUAGGGGUGGGUGCGCCACGAGGCCUGUCAUUUUUGCUUUUCAUCGGAUCUUCAGUUGUUUGAGACAUUUCCUUUAUUAUAUAUAUACUAUACACAUAUCAGCUGUGAUUGUCGUGGUUGUGACGAGUGUGAUCGAGUAUAUAUCCGAAGAAGAUGACCACCAUGAACAACACAUUCGAACCACCCACCUGGCGACGCCUGAACAUCGGUAUCGUGGGUGGCGGAAUCGGCGGCAUGGCAGCAGCCAUUUCGCUCCGUCGGGCCGGUCACGAGGUGACGGUGUACGAGCGACAUGAUUUCGUGGGGGAGGUCGGGGCGUCGAUUUCAUGUGCGGCGAAUGGAACGCGCUGGUUGCAUGAAUGGGGGGUGGAUGUUGCGAAGGGGGAUCCGGUGGUUCUACGCAAGUUGAUUAAUCGGGAUUGGAAGACGGGGGAACCCGUUAGUGUGUAUGAUUUGGGGGAUUAUGAGGAACGGUGGGGGUAUGUCUAUAAUAUGUUCCAUCGGCAGUAUAUGCAUGCUAUGUUGAAGGAUUGUGCGAUGCAGGAGGAGGGGGUGGGGGUGCCGGUCAAGUUGAGGGUGAAUUGUCAGUGUCAGGAUAUCGAUCUGGAGGCCGGAGUUAUCACCUUUGCGAAUGGGGAGACGGCCAAGCAUGAUUUGAUUGUUGGUGCGGAUGGUAUUGGUUCGGCGGUUCGUGGGAUCAUUGGUAUUCAUCCGGAAAGGAAGCCCGCGCCGUCGAGCUGUCUGCAUGCGAAUGUGACUACGGAGGAGGCGGUUCGACUCGGCUUGGUCGACUACUCCAAGGACAGUGCGCUACAGUACUGGGGCGGCCAGGAGGGCAAGUGGGACAAGAUCGUGCUCUCGCCUUGCAACGGCGGUCGCUUGCUGUCGUACUAUUGCUUCUUCCCUCGCGAGAUGGGAGACUAUGCGAGCCAUACUUGGGGUGGCGAAGACCGUCCUGUCGAGGAAUUGUUGGCGCCUUACCCUCAUCUUGAUCGCCAGGUCCUCUCGCAUCUGGGCAUUGGUAAGGAGAUCAGACCGUGGCGUUUGUGGGUGCAUCAACCAUACCCUUAUAUCGUCAAAAACAUGGUUUGCCUGUUGGGUGAUGCAGGCCACCCGAUGAUGCCCCAUCAGAGCCAGGGUGCCUGCAUGGCCAUUGAAGAUGCUGCUGCCCUGGGCAUUGUUUUCAGCAAAGCACACUUCGAUGGUGAUGUCGCCAAAGCGCUGUCAAUCUAUCAGGAAGUCCGACUGCCCCGAGCCACCAAGGUCCAGGCAGCUUCCGCAAAGGCAGCAUAUAACAUCAACGAGCGCAUCGGCUUCUCCAGCAAUACCAACACAGCCACAUACAAGGUGGAGGACGAGAAAAAGAAACUGACGAUCGAAGAGAUGAACGCAUAUGAUAUGCACAGGGAUGUUGAGGAAGUCGCUGCUAAGCAGAAAGGCCUACCAUAUACCGGCAAGUUUGUCAGAGGGCUGCCAGUCGGUUUGAAAUUGCCAAAUGGAACGAUAAUCGGAGAACAAGAAACCGCUUUGCCUCAGCCUCGAAUUUGAGUGCAGCCCUUGUGCACCAGCUACUGAGCUCAUUCUUGCAUUGUUGGUGGAGUUCAUGCUUUUGGAGUUGUAUUGUAUCUAGCAAGACCAUGAUUUAUGAUUGUAUU